UCAAUAAUAUACAAAACAUUUCUGCAACAACAAACAAAACUAUACACAAACCUCUAUUUUGAAGACAUCUUCCGUUAAUCUUAUCGUUCACAAUGGCUAAGCAUCAUCCGGAUCUUAUUUUCUGCCGAAAACAACCAGGAGUUGCAAUUGGACGCCUGUGCGAAAAGUGUGAUGGAAAAUGUGUGAUCUGCGAUUCUUACGUACGACCGUGCACGUUGGUGCGAAUCUGCGAUGAAUGCAACUACGGGUCCUACCAAGGGCGAUGUGUGAUAUGCGGUGGACCCGGUGUAUCUGAUGCAUACUAUUGCAAGGAGUGUACAAUUCAAGAAAAGGAUCGUGAUGGGUGCCCCAAGAUUGUAAACUUAGGAAGCUCAAAAACAGAUCUAUUCUACGAACGCAAAAAGUAUGGUUUCAAAAGAUAA